UAUUCGCAUCAGUCGAGCGGUCAAGUCAACGCGUUCGUCAUACCGGUCCCACUUUCCCUAGCAAUUGCACGAUGGGGGUCAUUAUAUCCAGAUUUCGGAAAGAGAAAAGCACUUACCAGAAAUUGGAAGAACUGGAGGAAAAAAUUAAAAGUCUCGAAGCCUACACAAUCAGCACCCAGGAGCGGCGGAAACGUUUCGUUGGCCGGUUUCUAGUUACCUCGAUCGUGCUGUACAUCGUUGGAUCGUUGAUCUUUUACUUCAUAUUUUUCCCACCAACGUGGAACGAACGGAUCGUCUACUCCGUUCCACUGCUCAUCUGUCCUAUACUCAUUUUCGUCCUAAAACGGGUGCUAGCAUGGCAUUACGAACGAAAGCUACGCCUAAACGCGAACAAGCUGAAGGAUCUUCGCACCGACAAGAAAAAAAUCCUGGAAAAUGUGAUGGAAAAGGAAACGUACAAAGUGGCGGUAGAAAUUUUAGACAAAUUCGGUGAAAAAUCGCACCGAAUUCAAACGCAAGCGUUUAACGCAUCCCUUACACCACUGCGUGCCCCAAAACCGAUGCCCGUCGGUCAACCGGCCCCGCGCAUGCCGACACCAAACGUGCCCCAACGGCAGAUAUCUCCUCCCUCGAUGGCGGUACAUGCAGCGACACCAAUGACACCCCAAAUGCGACCAUCCGGUCCCAUCCACACACCACAAACGGCACCAGGGCUGAUGAUAAGGCCAAUGCCGCAAUAUCACCAGCAAAGCCCAAUGUUCGGUGCGCGGAUGAAUAAUUCGGCGUACAGAAGAACUCCGUUCCCGAUCAUCAACCAAAGCGAGAAGGGCGUGUUAGAGAAGAUGGUCGAUUAUUUGGUGGGCGAUGGACCGACUAAUCGGUUUGCGAUGAUUUGCGGCGAAUGUUGCAUGCAUAACGGAAUGGUUCUUAAGGAAGAGUACGAAUACACUGCUUUCCGGUGUGCUUUUUGUAAUGCAUUGAAUCCGUCGAAAAAGCAACGCCCUGUCGCACCACUACUCCCCUACGAACAGAACCAGCUUGACAGACUUUCCCAAAAGUCCGACACAAGCCCCGAAUCGGAAGGGGAUGAAGAUGGGGAAGAGGAACGUUCCUCCGCUGGGUCGUCGCAAUCUGGCGAACCACGAAGCCCGGGCGUUGGAGAGGAAGAACCAUUUGAGCCAGAGCAGGAUGUUAAGGAAGAAGAGAUGCUGCGCAACAUUGCAAACAGUGAAGCAGCAGAAAAAUCGUCCGACGUCGCCGCAACCGCAGACGAUGGUGUUGAAGAAUCGACCCCAAACGACGACGCCAGAGGGACGACAGCGGCCAGCAACCCCGACCGUACCGAAGUGCCAAGUAGACCGGAAACCGUGGGGUCGAAAAAAGUGGACUGAACCUAUUUUAUUACUUUCUCAGAUCAAAUUGUUGCGCGGAUUUGUUUUUCCUCUCUUUUUCUACACAUAUUGAU